AUGGCUCUCGACUCCCGCUCUGCCUACUCUCUCUCCGUCCUCCCCGCGCACAAUGACCAACUGAGCGAACCACGGACCGAACUCCAACAAAAGCUCAGGGAUUUCAUCCUUGCAUUCCAGCUUGACGGCGUGUACAUCUACCGGGACCAGCUCCGACAGAACGUCCUCGUAAAGCAGUAUUAUUGCGACGUCGACCUCGCCCAUCUGAUCUCAUACAACGAAGAGCUGGCGCACCGGCUCACGAGCGAGCCCGCGGAUGUGAUACCGCUGUUCGAGGCGGCAUUGAAACAAUGUACACAGCGGAUCGUGUUCCCGCAUGACCGCGACGUUCAGCUCCCACAACAUCAACUCCUGCUCCACUCGAGUGUCGCGCACACCUCGAUCCGUGAUCUGACGGCCCAGAACGUCUCGCACCUCGUACGCAUCCCGGGCAUCAUUAUCGGCGCAUCUACGCUAUCUUCAAAAGCCACGCUCGUGACGAUCCAGUGCCGCGGCUGCGAACACACGCAGCAACUCCACGUCGAGGGCGGCUUCUCAGGCAUAACCCUCCCGCGCCAGUGCGGACGAACGAAAAUUCCCGGCCAGGAAUCUGGAGACCCGUGUCCUUUGGAUCCUUAUUUCGUGGUCCACGAAUCCUCACAGUUUAUCGAUCAACAGAUUAUAAAGCUUCAGGAAGCGCCCGACCAAGUCCCCGUCGGUGAAUUGCCACGCCACAUCGCCGUGUCUGCGGACCGGUACCUAACGAACCGAGUCGUCCCUGGAUCGAGAUGUACAGUGAUGGGCGUGUUUUCAAUCUAUCAGCAGAAUAAAGGCGCAAAGAGGGAUAGUGCAGUUGCGUUGAGACAGCCAUAUUUAAGAGCGGUAGGGAUCCAAACGGAUGUCGACCACACGGCCACGGGCGCAUCAUUUUCAGAUGAGGAAGUUCAAGAGUUUGAAGAAAUGUCCAGAUUACCAGAUCUCUACGAGCGGUUCGCGCGGUGUAUUGCCCCCUCGAUCUAUGGAAAUAUGGAUAUCAAGAAAGCCAUUGCAUGUCUGUUGAUAGGUGGCUCGAAAAAGAUUCUCCCUGACGGCAUGAAACUGAGAGGUGACAUUAACGUCCUCCUUCUGGGUGACCCGGGUACGGCCAAAUCUCAGCUCUUGAAAUUCGUCGAAAAGGUGGCACCAAUUGCGAUCUACACUUCCGGAAAGGGCUCGUCGGCAGCUGGUCUGACCGCCUCAGUGCAACGGGACACACAGUCACGUGAAUUCUACCUUGAAGGAGGAGCCAUGGUCCUUGCGGAUGGUGGCGUUGUCUGUAUCGAUGAGUUCGACAAGAUGCGUGACGAAGAUCGGGUGGCAAUCCACGAGGCGAUGGAACAGCAAACAAUCUCCAUCGCCAAAGCUGGCAUCACCACCAUCCUCAACGCACGGACAUCGGUCCUUGCGGCUGCAAACCCCAUUUUCGGGCGUUACGACGACCUCAAAUCUCCCGGAGAGAAUAUUGACUUCCAGACCACCAUCCUAUCUCGUUUCGACAUGAUCUUCAUCGUGAGAGACGACCACGAUAGAACUCGGGACGAAAACAUCGCAAAGCACGUCAUGGGCAUCCACAUGGGAAACCAGGGCGUCGAGGAACAGGCCGAGGUUGAAAUCCCCGUAGAGAAGAUGAAGCGGUAUAUCAGCUUCUGCAAAUCCCGUUGUGCCCCUAGGUUAUCGCCUGGUGCAGCCGAAAAGCUGUCGUCUCAUUUCGUCUCGAUUCGAGAUCGGGUAGCUCGAGCUGAGGCCAACAGCAAUGUCCGGUCCUCCAUUCCCAUCACAGUCCGUCAACUCGAAGCCAUCAUUCGCAUCACAGAAUCACUUGCGAAACUCACCUUAUCACCAGUAGCAGAGGAACACCACGUUGAUGAAGCAAUCCGCCUCUUCCUCGCCAGUACCAUGGAUGCCGUGUCCCAAGGUGAAGGUGCUGGCGGAAUGAGCGGAAAUAGGGAGUUGAUGGAGGAAGUAAGCAAGGUGGAAGAAGAACUUAGAAGGCGGCUGCCGAUUGGUUGGAGCACGAGUCUUGCGACUCUAAAGCGGGAAUUCGUUCAGGGGAGAGGGUACAGCGAAGCAGCGUUAGCCCGAGCUCUGCAUGUUCUGCAACGAAGGGAGACUGUGCGGCUGAGACAUGGUGGAAGUCAGGUAUAUCGAAGUGGGGUUUGA